GUGUUGGGUACCAUACCGUUGCAGAGUGUAAUAUAAUGGCGGAGAAAAAAUGUGAAGCUAUAAAAUUAUGGGAAAGAAAUGGAAAAAGUGAUUUCAAGAAACAAUUGUCGACUUUGGUAAAGAGUCAAAGCUCUCCACUGUUUUGUGGAGCAGAUAAGAAGAACAUAUUUUUCCGUGCGAUCUACGAUCUCCUAUCGUUGGGAUGCAAAGGACUAAUCAAAAAAGAUUUGGUGCUGUCGACACUACAAGAGAUAUCGUUGAUGCACACUGAUUUUCCAUCAAUUAUUUUGGACAUCAUUGGUAUAUUGGAUGCGGAAACGUCGACUGGACUGAAUACAGAUGGAGCGCCAGAUCGUGGCACAUUCUGCCAAAUCAUCAAAGAAGUGGAGAAAUUUCUAUCGGAAAAAUUGUUGAAGGAACGGUUGGAGAUCGACACUCUUCAAGACGUUGGAACCAUCAAAAACAAAACGUUUUACACGAAAUUUAUCAAGGUCAAAACCAAACUAUACUACAAACAGAGAAGAUUCAAUUUGUUCCGUGAAGAGAGCGAAGGCUACGCAAAAUUGAUAACCGAACUCAAUCAAGAUCCCACAACCAAUGUAUCAGUCGAUCAUUUAUUGAAAAUUAUCACAUCGCUGAUUGGCUGCUUCAAUUUGGACCCGAAUCGUGUGCUUGACAUAAUUUUGGAGUCAUUCGAAACACGUCCCGAACAAAACAAACUGUUCAUUGGUUUGCUCAAAGCGUACAUGCCGAAUGGUAACAUCAUUUGCGAGGUGCUCGGAUACAAAUAUCGCCACUUCUCUGACAGCAAGACACCAUCCUCGUUGUAUGUCAUCACGGCACUGCUGCUCCAGAGUAAAAUUAUUUCUUUGGACGAUAUAUACUCAUGGUUAAGUCCAACUGACAAAAGCAUCCAAAUUGACUGGGAAACAGAUUUAGAUGAUGCAAAGGAGUACGUUCGCAAGCUGAACGUUAUUUCGAUCAACAACAACAAUAAAGAACCGGAAGCGGAAGUGGAAAAAGAGGAAAAUGACGACAAAUAUGCCACCAAUCAAAAAUGGAAUUUAUGUGAGGCUCUGCUGCACGUCGGAGAUUGGCAAACUGCGCAGAAAUUGAUCGAAAAAUUGCCAAAAUAUUCCGUUUUGGUACGCGAAAAUGUUGCUCUCGCGUUGUGCGAUUUGAUUCAUCGCGUCAUCGAUCCCGUUUACGUAUCCAAAUGUUCGGUAACACCGAGUCGAAAGGAACGAAUCUACACCAGCAACACAAACAAACUGUCAACGCCACAGGCAAAAUCUUUGUUCGAUUUGCGUGUCAAUGCGUUUCCAAUGGCUGUUCAGCUGGGACCGUCGCUGUUCCUCGAUCCGGUGUUAUUGUACAAGCUCGUUCGACUGUGUCGAGUCAUUUUAACGGACAUGUCGGUGGAUCCAUCAACAUCACCAAAAACACCCGACGACGAGCUAUUGUAUUUCGACAUCAUGACCCUUCUCGAUUCGUCAAUACUGCCCGCACUGUCGUAUAUGGAAUGUAACUGUUGCGUUGCCGAGGAGAUUUGGUCGGUGGUCAAAUUUCUGCCAUAUCACAUCAGAUAUAGCUUGUACGGCCGGUGGAAGAACGACACAUUUUUGGUGCAUCCUAAGCUAAUACGACGACGUGGAGCUGCACAAAAGAAAAUCAAAGCUCUGAUGAAAAGAGUGAGCAAGGAGAAUGUGAAACCAGUCGGUCGAUCCAUCGGAAAGCUGAGUCACUGUUCUCCCGGAUUUUUGUUUGACUACAUUCUCAUCCAAAUUCAAAUUUACGACAAUUUGAUUGGACCGGUCGUCGAUUCGCUCAAAUAUUUAACAUCAUUGUCGUAUGACGUAUUGGGAUAUUGUCUUAUCGAAGCACUUGCACAAGCUGACAAAAAUCGUUUCAAGCACGACGGUACAUCGAUAUCGAUGUGGUUGCAAAGUUCGGCGAACUUCUGCGGUUCCAUCUAUAAAAAGUACAACAUCGAACUGAGUGGCUUGCUGCAGUACGUGGCAAAUCAAUUGAAAUCACAUAAAAGUUUGGAUUUGCUGAUACUGAAGGAAGUAGUACAAAAAAUGACUGGAAUCGAAGCUACCGAAGAGAUGACUUUGGAACAGUUGAAUGCUAUGUCCGGCGGUGAAUUAUUACGCAGCGAAGCCGGAUAUUUCAGUCAAGUGCGCAACACGAAAAAAUCGUCACUACGUCUCAAGGAAGCGCUUGCCAGCAAUGACUUAGCCGUAACAUUGUGUCUGCUGAUGGCACAGCAGAAACACUGUGUGAUUUAUCGCGAAACAGCUCACAGCCACUUGAAAUUGGUGGGAAAACUGUACGACCAAUGUCAAGAUACGCUGGUGCAGUUUGGUACAUUCCUUGGCUCAACAUAUUCAGUCGAUGAAUAUAUGGAGCGUUUGCCAUCGAUUCACAGCAUGUUGCAGGAGUAUCACAUACAUUCGGACGUAGCGUUCUUUUUGGCUCGACCAAUGUUCACACAUCAGAUCAAUCAAAAGUAUGAUCAACUUCGUAAGGCUGACACAAGUACAAAGAAAUUGUCAACGGUACAAAAGCAGGAAAAGUAUUUAGAGGCAACAUCGGCAAUAAUAUCACCGAUCGUUGAAUCCGUUCGUCCAUUACAUCCAUCCAAAGUAUGGGAAGAUAUUAGCCCACAGUUUUUGGUCACAUUCUGGUCGUUGAGUAUGUACGAUCUCCUUGUCCCGGUGGACAGUUACCAGAAAGAAAUACAGAAAAUAAAGGAACAAUCGCUGAGCGUUUUGGACUCGAAAGAUAUGAACUUAUCCAAAGGCCGCAAGGAGCAGGAACGUUACCUAGCGUUGAUCGAUAAGUUACAGGAUGAACGGAAAAAGCAAACCGAUCACGUUGAGAAGAUCAUGCAUCGGUUGAAUCAGGAAAAAGACAGUUGGUUUUUGUCCAGAUCGGCAAAGUCUGCCAAGAAUGAGACCAUAACACAGUUCUUGCAGUUGUGUCUGUUUCCCAGAUGCACUUUUACUGCCAUGGAUGCUGUAUACUGCGCAAAAUUUGUGCAUACGAUACAUACCUUGAAAACAGCCAAUUUCUCGACCCUCCUGUGCUAUGACAGAAUAUUUUGCGAUAUUACCUAUUCAGUCACAUCAUGUACCGAGAACGAAGCAACUCGUUACGGCAGAUUUUUGUGUGCAAUGCUGGAAACUGUUAUGAGAUGGCACAAAUCUUCGCAAACAUUCAACAGCGAAUGUGCAAAUUUCCCUGGCUUCGUCACGAAAUUCCGAGUCAGCAAUCAGUUUUCCGAAGCUAACGAUCACGUUGGAUAUGAAAAUUACCGACACGUCUGUCACAAAUGGCAUUACAAGAUAACGAAAGCGAUGGUUUUCUGCUUAGAGUCCAAGGACUACAUGCAAAUUCGGAACGCAUUGAUCAUUCUUAUGCGCAUUUUACCGCAUUUCCCGAUGCUGGUGAAGUUGGCACAAAUCAUUGAACGCAAGGUGGAAAAGGUGCGCGAAGAAGAAAAGAACAAACGACAAGAUCUAUUCGUCUUAGCAUCCAGUUACAUCGGACAAUUGAAAACGAGAUCGGCAGACAUGGUACACGAGUCGCAGUUCCAUCAAGUUGCAGACAAACCAAAUAAAGAGGUUGCGGAGACAUCAAAACCAUCCGUUAAUGGUAACGCGACGGAACCUAAAGAGCCGGUUGUGGAGAAAAAGAUCAAACCGAUCGCUGCGCCCGCCGAAAAGGAAGUCAAAAAAGAAAGAGAAAGCAAUGGCAAAGUUCAGGAACCGCCUGUCGUUGUGUUGGACAAAAAAUCGUCGAAAGAGCAGAAACGCGAAGAAAAGCAACGAGAAAAGGAGGAAAAAGAAAUCGAGACGCGAAAGAGGGACAGAGAUCGCAGCGAGAAGCGUCGCGAUAGAAAAACUGCUUCACCCGCAACAAACUACUAUGACUUGGCAACGAAUGAUCGUUACUACACGACCGAUCAAUAUGAACCAACCGACCGUGAACGUGACAGAGAUCUAAGUUCGAUUUCAAAUUCAAGCAACGGUUCAACGAAUCGACGUCAAGAAUCUCCCGAUCAUGACAGAGAAGUGAAGCGUCGUAAAGUGGACAGUUCGUUGAAGAAAUCACUGGACGAUGGGCCGAUCAUUUUCGACGACACGAAAAAGGAGCGGACAACAAAAUCGAAAGACAAAAAGGAGAAGUCUUGGGACGAUGGUGAUGUUCGUAAGGAGAAAAAGGUCAGCCGCAAAAGAGAAAAAUGACCUCAACGCAACCGCAAAAAAUAACUUUGUUCAAGACAGUUCUUUUAAAAUUAAAAUAUUUUGAAGAGAAAAUUAAAAA